UUAAAAAUCUAUUAAAUUUCUGUAGCCGCGGUGAUUAUAGUUGACCGGUUCUGCAAUCGAUGAUUCCUGGAACGAAAACUGGCCAAUCAAAGUUCAUCAGCUCCUUUUUGCGGUCGAUGAACCUGCCCCGGAGAAAACUAUAGCCUGGGCAUGCAUGUCCUUGAUAAAACGUUUUAUAGACAAUUGAAGCCAACGACAGUGCUGUUCCAGUAAUCGUCGUGUGUGAAAUUGUCAACGUGGACGUGCGCUUUCUGAAGCAUGGAUUCAGCCAACCACACCGGUGAAGCAGAUAGAGAAUUUGACUUUGGGGAUUACAAUGAGAACUCAGCGUCCUCCAACUACACGUUCUCUAUGUUGAAAAUGCCGUGGAAGUGGAACUUAAUAGUUAUGCUUAUCAUGGCGGUGUAUGGAACCAUCGUAAAUUUGGCUCUCUUGAUGGUAAUUCUAAGUAAUCAGCACCUACGCACUGUUUCCAACACCCUAGUCGGGAACUUAGCCCUGGCCGACACGAUCAUGUUCGUCUUUUCCGUACCCUCUGACCUUGUGCAUCACUUCGUCUUGAAUUGGCCUGACAACUCCUUUGGGAACUUUCUCUGCAAAGUCAGCGGCAGUUCGUGGAGCCUAGCCAUGGCGCUAUCUGUUGCGUCUCUGACAGCUGUCAGCAUUGAGCGAUUUUGCUCCAUCUGCUGGAACGUACACGCCAAACGCUAUAUCUUUAUCCUCCUGAUCGUCUGGCUGUUCUCCCUCUCGUGGACUGUACCCGUUUUGGUGUGGUCCUCCGUCGUACGUUAUGGCCCAUACCUUUCCAUUUGCCACGUCCUACCAUGGUGGCACGACUACGUGGCCAGAGGCUUUUUCACCGCGGGUUUCGUGCUGAAGUAUGUGAUUCCUUUACUCGUGAUUACAUGCUGCUACGUAGGCACGGCUAUUACUUUGGCGCAAAGCACGCCAGCCAGCUCGGUCACCGUGCGCGCCAGGCGCCGCCUUGCCAUAGUUGUGCUUAUUCUCAACAUCUCUUUUGCAAUCUGUUGGCUUCCCAACCAUGCCAUUAUCCUGCAUUUCUUCUACGGAGAUAUAUACGAGACUUACAAGGUCUCUUAUGCGUUAUUUUUAACCUUUAUUGAGAUAGCCCACGUCCUGGUUUACGUCAAUUCCUUGCUGAAUCCGAUCGUGGUGUUUACUAUCAGCGAUGCGCACCGUAAGCCGCUUGUGCAUUUUGUUCGGUCCCGUCUGUGCCGGCAGGCACCGGCUUCCAAUCGUUUAGACCGUUAUGCUGAGUUCGACCAAGAUGGAAUCGUCAGCGAGACAGAAUGCGUCGAUGUCAAAACUUAAGUGACGCUCCAAGACCUUGGGGUUCCAAAAGGAACACAGUAAAAGAGAACAGAAAUUGCUGUACAUCAAAAAAGAGGAAAAUUCAAAAAUGUUAAUGUCUUUUGUAAAAUCACCAUCAAACUCCUUACUGAACUGAGUUGAUCUAAUAGCAGAGGAGGAAAAUCUUGUUUUAUAUCUGUUGAAUAUUCACACAAGUAUUCUCUUAUGCUUUAUGGGAAUACUGUCAACACUGAAUAAAAGCUUUACACAGCUAUGCGUUCCUGAUUGUUAUACUCAGCGUCAAUGGCCGUAAAUGCACUUGUUCAGCCAGUCCUUGAAUACUUAAAUGGUUUCAAUAAUGUUUAAAUAAUUACGGAAGCAUACGUAUUAGUACGUCAACCUUUAACCUAAAUCACCGAACUUGAAUCGAUCCAUGGGUAACCAUGUAACCAAGUUUUAGAUUCUUUCUAGAGCAAACUAGUUACAGUGUUUUCGAAUAAAAACCACUUUAUUAGAGCUGCGGAUAUAGCUACCGUAUAUCUCACUGCAUUUUUUUUACAGUACGGUUAUUAACUGUAGAGCUUCCUUUCAAGCUUGUAAAAUUGAAAGGAAAAGAGCAGAAACUCACUAAAUUCAGCUAUACUAUAUGAAAGGAUUCAUGACUUUGACCUAAUGGCGUGUACACUGUGACUAAAGCUUACGUUGUACGUCAGAUUCCAACUACUGUGAAUACUCCUGUGAGAUUUUUCAUGACUGUAUUUACUUACUGUGGGGGCUUACUGCAUUUUUGUAUGAUAGUCUGGCCGAACCCCACUGCUUUGCACUGCGAUAACAUGAAAUGAUGAACAGGUUAUAUUGUAUGAACUAGAAAGGCCAACCUUAUCCUAUCUUUUCUAUAAUAAAAGACCCACUAAAUGCAACAAACUUGAAUAACCAAUGGAUGAUUUUUAUAAAUGUGCUCACAGUUUCAUGCUAACUACCUACUAUUUUUUGGCCAAGGCACUAGAACGAAAACCAAAGAAAACAGUGAAACUGCUUGAACACUGUUCUAGCAAGCUACUCUCCAAAGGCAAAAGAGUGAAAAACGCAAAUUUAAAAACCCUUAAAAAUCCAUUCCGUAAAAGUAAACACUACUCUUAAAAGAGUUAAAACCACUCAAAAACGUGAAAAUCACACCAAAAGAGGAGCCAUAAAAAGGAGCCACAAAGCUCCUUUUUGUGCGUUGUCUUUCACAUGUCUCCUUAAAAGAGAGUGGAAAUUUCAGGCUUUCGGAGUGAUUAUGAUUUUUUAAACUCUUUGUAGAGUGGUUUUUUUUAAACUCUUAUCGGGUGGUUUUUAUAAGGUACUCAUUCUUCUCAGAUCAAGGUUUUUCAUUCUUUCACAUUUAGAGCGUAAGUCCUACUUCCACAACUUGAAAUCAAAAUUAA